CAAGGAUUUCUUCGAUGACUUUCCAAGUUAAUAAAAGCAUAGGAUGUGGCUUUGCUGUCCCUUGUAUGAGAAGACCCAUAUUAGGUGAGAGCUUGAGAGAAACUCCCUCGCUCCUCAUUUCUUUUCUUCAUAUCAGAAGCUUAAAUUUCCCAGAUUUCUUGUGGAUGAAGCAUACAGGUGAGAAAGGAAAGAAGGAGAAGGUCAUGGAAGGAGAUGCAAAGGAGGAAACUUUACCACCAGGGUUUCGGUUUCACCCUACAGACGAAGAACUCAUCACUUACUAUCUUGUAAGCAAGAUCUCGGAUACCAAUUUCACCGGGAGAGCAAUUGCUGAUGUUGAUCUCAACAAGUGCGAGCCAUGGGAUCUUCCAGGUAAGGCAAAGAUGGGAGAAAAAGAAUGGUACUUCUUCAGCCUUCGAGAUCGGAAAUACCCGACUGGCGUGAGAACAAAUCGAGCUACAAAUACUGGUUACUGGAAGACCACAGGAAAAGACAAGGAUAUCUUCAACAGUGUCACGUCAGAAUUAGUAGGGAUGAAGAAGACAUUGGUUUUCUAUAGAGGGAGAGCCCCUAGAGGAGAGAAAACCAACUGGGUCAUGCAUGAAUAUCGUAUCCACUCCAAAUCUGGCUUCAGAACUAGCAAGCAGGACGAAUGGGUGGUUUGCCGUGUCUUCCAGAAAAGCGCAGGAGCUAAAAAGUACCCAUCAAACCAAUCAAGAGCAGUGAAUCCCUACAACCUUGAAAUGGGACCCAGCGUUAUACCCUCACAAAUGAUGCAGGCAGCAGAGAACUAUCAGUUCAAUGUUGGAAGAAAUUACAUGAAUCAGGCAGAGGUGGCAGAACUCACUAGGGCUUUCAGAGCUGGUGGAUCAACUAGUGUAAAUCUACCAGUUCAAUCUCAAAUGAACUACCCACCUGGAGGUGGAUGCUUCACAAUUUCAGGGUUUAACAUCAAUCAUGGAGGGGCUCCAACACAGCCCAUUUAUAGGCCAAUGCAGCCUCCUCUUCCAGUCAUUAACCAGCAAGAUGUUACUUCUUCCAUGAUGACUAGUACUACUUUCGCUGCAGAGGGUAGCUACGGUGCAGAAAUCAACAACGCAAAUGGGCCAGGGAGCAGAUUUAUGGGCGUGGAACAUUGCAUGGAUUUAGACAACUACUGGCCUUCUUACUGAAGGAGAGAGAAUUAGGCAAUUAUAUAUCGAACUAAUAGGCAAGUUUGUUAAUGUAGAAUAUAUAGAUUAAUUAUAUGUUUAAUUCUAACUGCUUUCAAUUAAUUAUCUGUUAGGGCUGGCAAUGGGUAAAAUACCCAGCAGUUUAUGUUAGGGAUUGAGAUCCCUGAAUUCUAGCUCGUUUUAAGUUAAUCCAGCUUCAACUUUCUUUUCA